CCCCCCCCGCCGCCGAGCAUCCCCCGUUUCCCCUCUCUAUUCGCGUAGUUUGGGUUUGUUUUCUUUCUAUCCACGCCCCUUUUCUCUAUCAUCAUGGACGGUAUCAAGCAGGAGGAGGCCCUUGAGCUCCAGCGCCUUCUUCAGGAGCGCCAGUCUCUCUCCAUCUUUGAGGAGGCCACUCUCCACUACACCUCGCUCUGCUUCGACAAGUGCAUCGGUCGCAUUGGCACCAAGCUUGACAGCUCUGAGCAGACCUGCCUGUCCAACUGCGUCGAGCGCUUCUUCGACGUGUCCGAGUCGGUCCUGUACCACAUCGCCGGCUCGGCCGACGGUCCGAACCAGGGCCAGGAGAAGGGCGGCUCCUUCUUCUAAAAGUGUGUCUCUCCGAGCCCGGCCGUGGCCGGCCCCUUUCCCGAUUGACUUCGAGCCCUUGCCGCGUGUUGCGGCGGACGGCUUCCCCCUCCCCCUCCCCCGGCGCCGCAUGCCGUGUUUGCCCCCCUAGCCGUGCCUCCGUUACCAUCCUUUCUUCCUCCCCGCACAUACCCACUGACGGGCUCCUGCCGACACACGUACGCGCGCAUGCGCGCAUGUGCACACGCACAACACACCUCUCACACACAAUAUACACAUAUGUGGCUCC